UUUCAGAGGUGUAUCAACAUUGUUCGUCACGGCCAUGCGCUGCGAGAGUGUGAGCCCUUUCAUUAGAGGCAAUUGUGACAGACAGAGAACGAGAUUGACCACCUUGUUUCCACUCACGCCCCCAGUCUCAAGUCUGCGAAUGAGUUCUGAAUACCUCUGGGGCUUGAAGUAGAUGCGAAUAUUUGCAGGAAACGGCGAGAAAAUGGGGAGGAAGGGGGGCCCUUUCCCGCUGUCCAGGCCUUGUGCUCACUCACUCUCACGGAAAUUCGGCGCUGUCAACCUCUUCUUCCGAGUCUCAGAGCAUGAGCUAACGGCGUACGAGGUCAAUUUUGAUUGGAUGAAGUCGUGACCGUCAAUAGCUUCCUCCUCAAAACCGUGACUGAAGAGCAUAGAUCAAGGGAGAGAAACGAGGCAGAGUAAAUAUAGCUUACAUCGAUCCAGCAUUAGGAAAUUGUGUAGCUAUCGCCUUUGCUGAUCUACCCUCCAGCGUAUUUCCGCCAGGGAGGAGGCAAGGUGUUCACGGUGACGGUAAAACAGGCAAAAAAAAAAAAAAAGGUGAUGGGGAAGGUAUGUGAGGAUGGAAGGAAGGGGGCAAUGAAGAGAUGAAGCAGAGAGAAUGUUGGGAUGAGGUGGUGUAGUUGGGGGGUACAGGCUGUAAAAGAAGAAACGAAGGUGAUUGGAUUGGGAUUGGGAAGGGGGGAAAAAGGCUGAAAUAGAUGAAGAUGUGAUGCCAGAUGGGAGGAGACUGGCCUUCGCAAAUUCUUUCCCAUCUUUCCUUCUUGCAAACACUAAAGCGUUAAAAAGCGCCGACCUGCUCUUGGCUGUCUGCUUACCCCAUCAAAGACCGGCUCGAGGUCCCUGACAGCUCCGGCCUCCCGCACGGCCGACUGUCUCCCAAAAGACUCGCCCGCACCUUGCACGGUGCCGUAACGUCUUGCUGCACGUCCCCUUGUGAGACCACACGCACCUUGACUGGUGUGAACUGCGCGGCACAUCCCGCUCUACCUGAUGCCACACCCAUAGUCCUAAGUCUUGCACGCUGCCGUGGCCUCCUGUGCCGGCGUCCGCUGGAAGUGGGCAGACAACUCGGCGGCUGGUGUGGUGAGAGCCCUUUGUUGCCCUGGAGAUCUCGUUUCCAAGAUACAAUCGCUUAAAGCUACGUAACGUAACGCAACGUAACGUAACGUAACGGCAAGUCUAAUUCGCCAAUGAUCAGAAUGCCGAAAAACAGCCUUUUCGCAACGCUGAUAUGUUUUCUCUUAUCUCCUUGCUGCGGAGCUACAUUGCUGGUGAACAGGCCUGAUGCUGGGUGGAAAAGGGACCCUUCUCGCCUCGACCGCAUGCCGCUCAACUUCGGCAAGAGGGACUCGAACCUUGCCAACUCCGAGGCUACCAGUGCGUUUGGCAGCAAGCGCUUGGCCAAGUUGAAUCGCAUGCCCCUCAGCUUCGGCAAGAAGAGCGCCCUCUUUCCGAACCUGAACGAUAACUUAGCUUCCAGGGAGACCGAGGACUUCCAGCAAGCCACCUCAUGGGCCAAACGCAGUCCACUUCUGGCUGGCGAGGAUCUCUUCCCGACAGUUGGCAAGCGCUGGGCGCGGCUAGACCGCAUGCCACUCACCUUCGGCAAGCGUCUUCCCUGGGCAGCCUCAUCCGGGGUUUCUCGACCCUCGUCUGAAGAGGAACAAGAGGUAGAUGGAACAGAAGAUACCCUGGACGAAACGAAAAGUGUGUUAGACCGUCUCCCAGCUUUCGAUGAGAAGCCCAGAGAAGACUUCGACCUGUGGCCAGGAACAUGCUGCCAGGACCAGGUUGACAAGCGCCGGGCAGCCUUGCUGGACCGCAUGCCGCUGAGCUUUGGCAAGAGGACCUGGGAGCUGGCCAUCGACGACGACGACGACUUGACUUUGACACGCCGGGGUGUGCUGAAUCGCAUGCCCUUGUCAUUUGGAAAGCGAGCUCCUCAAAAUUUCGCGAUUUACAAAGAUACAGGCAAAAACUUCGAAACGACUUCAUGAAGCAUCAGUCAGAAAUACUUCUUCAAAAGAGUACAGCCGACAGCUCUAAAAACCUUGAGGAAAAUCGGCAAGCCACGUCCGGACAACUGCAAUAAUACUUCCUGCAGCGAACCACGGAAGUUGGGGUCACUUCCGACAUCACAGACGGGCUUCUCGUCCUUUUGAACUUUUCUGUCUGGUUUCGUUGACUUUGUGGUAUUUAUCAUGGACACCGCGUGAGAGAUGGAAAUAUAACAUAUAUAAUACACAGCUUUGUGGAUGUAAUCAGACGUUAACAGCUAUGGGCCAAGUGGUUUUUCUAUAAAUUUGCAGCAAAGUAUAAAAUAACAAAUUGAAAGUCAAACGACCACAGACAACUGAAAUGAGGAAAUGAUAACAACAACAACAACAACAAUUAAAAAAUCUGUCCCUAUUGCAGUAAAGACAAGACUUUGAUGGUCAAUAUCUGUACUCUAGGAAACUAAUAACACAUUCUGCAAUACACGGCAAUACAUUAAUAAAAUAUGCGAA